ACUUAUAUUUUAUCGUGACGUCAAAAAAAAAAAUUGUGUACCUAUAUAUCGACCUUCCGAAACGACCGCCGACGCCCAAUUUCUUUUCAAUUUCCUGAUUCGUUGGAAUUAAUACGAACGUUCGACUGCCCACCUUCUUCAAUUAAAGAAAAUCCAAAUAUCCGCGUUGGUUUAAAGAACCGACGAUCUACGGGCACAAGGACGUCCCAGAAUAUAAAAAAACUAACGCUUAAUUAUUUUAAAUCAUUGUGCACUCAGAUCCGUAGAGCUGAUUAACCCGCAAUGAACCCGCAAGUCUUUUGCCUCUUCUUCACCUACUUGGCGGUAGCCAACGCCGGACUUAUUCCCACCGCUCAAUACCUGGAAGGCCCCAGUACCAGAACCAAAGUAAUCGGUCCAGAUGGCAGCAUAAUCGACGCCUACGCUCCGGGUGGUAAAAUUUUACUGGAAGAAGGUGCUGGUGCCGCCCCCGCUGUUCCCGAACAUUCCAACUGGUUGUUGCACGAAACCUCCGAAUUGCUUGAACCGAAUAGUGUGGAUUCCAAGGUGCUUUUGCAUCCAGGUAUCGCCCCCAGAGCGGAAACUAGAGAGUCGGUGCCUAUUACGGAGGAAACUGACGAGAGUACUACCGAGUCAAUGUCGACCACCACUGAAUAUCCAACGGAAGAUUUGAGUGGAACUUAUGUGCCGGAUACUUUUGAGGAGUUGUUUGAUGACGGCAGUUACAGGCCUGAGCAUUAUUGAGAGUAUUUUGUUAAGAGAGAGACUGACGUGUAAUUUAUGAUUUUAAUGAGUAAAUAAAUAAUAUUUUUAAAUGA